CUCUAAAGAAAGCUGCUAUUUUUACUUCAGCUUCUUCGUCUUCUUCAACCUCAACUUCUGUUCCCACCAACAUUAAUUUAGAAAUUGUCCAAGAGUUUAAAUUUUUUGACAUUUUUAAAAUUGCUACUCCUAACAAAAUUUCACCAGUUAUUCCACCCUCAAAUAACAACAAUAAUGAUAACAACAAAGUUGACAAUAUUCCUGAAAACUCUUCUUCAACCAAAGAUAGGUUAAAACUUUUAGAUCCUGAUGAAUAUCUUGAAGACUAUAAUAUGGAAGAAGACCUAAAAGGUUUCACAGUUAUUACCAAAGCUACCCUCUUUGCAGUUGCUAAUGUGGCUGCCACAGCCUUACAUAUAACUAUUCCUGAUCUUAAUAUUGACACUUUCUGUGAUUUCUCUCAAUACAAAGCAGAUAUACAAUUUAAUGAAAGAACUAUUCAUGUUACUGAUAUCCUAUUACAAAUGAAGCCUACCAAUAUCAAACAAGAAUUUGCCAAAUAUGGAACUGUUACCAAUUUUAAAAUGACAGUAAGAGGUAUAUAG